CUGGUUGUAAGUAAGUAUACGUCAUCAAAGGGCGACUUGCACCCCUGCAGCUAACAUUUCAGAAAAGGCUGCAAGACGAUAUGCAAGACGUUGCUAUUGUAAAAGAAGAAUAGCUAAGUAGCUAAAAUUAAUUUUUAAAAAAAACUAACUAAAGUUAAAUAACACGUUUUAGGUAUGAACAGUCGAUUGCAAGAGAUUCGUGAGCGGCAAAAGCUCAGACGGCAGCUUCUAGCUCAACAGUUGGGAGCGGAGAGUGCAGACAGUAUCGGCGCCGUUCUCAACAGUAAAGACGAGCUUAAGGAAAUUGAGGAAAAUCGAGAGACAUGCAGGGCCUCAUUCCAGACGCUGGCCACAACCUCUAAACGGAAGACUCCGACAGAGGGCGAGGACACAGAGGAGGAUGUAGAGGAGCAGAAGGAUGAAGUGGAGGUGCUACAGACUGAUGAUGGUAACCCAUAUGAAGAGGUGUACAAGGACUCCAGUACCUUCCUUAAGGGUACCCAGAGUCUUAACCCACACAAUGACUACUGCCAGCACUUUGUGGAUACGGGACAUAGACCCCAAAACUUCAUCAGAGAUGUUGGUCUGGCUGACAGGUUUGAGGAGUAUCCUAAACUCAGAGAGCUGAUCAGACUGAAGGACGAGCUCAUCUCCACCACCAACACCCCCCCUAUGUACCUGCAGGCGGAGCCGGAGCACUUUGACCUGCGGGAGCUGAAGUGCAAGUUUGAUGUGAUCCUGCUGGAGCCUCCUCUGGAGGAGUACUACAGAGAGUCUGGCAUCAGCCACACGGAGCGCUUCUGGAACUGGGACGACAUCAUGAAGUUGGAGAUUGAGGAGAUUUCGGCGCUGCGUUCCUUUGUCUUCCUCUGGUGUGGGUCUGGAGAGGGACUGGACCUGGGCAGGAUGUGUCUGAGGAAGUGGGGCUUCAGGCGCUGUGAGGACAUCUGCUGGAUAAAGACCAACAAGAACAACCCUGGCAAGACCAAGACCCUGGACCCCAAAGCUGUGUUCCAGAGGACCAAGGAGCACUGUCUGAUGGGCAUCAAGGGCACGGUGCGGCGCAGCACGGAUGGAGACUUCAUCCACGCCAACGUGGACAUCGACCUGAUCAUCACCGAGGAGCCCGAGAUGGGCAACGUGGAGAAGCCCGUGGAGAUCUUCCACAUCAUCGAGCAUUUCUGCCUGGGCCGCCGGCGGCUGCACCUGUUUGGGCGAGACUCCACCAUCAGACCAGGCUGGCUGACGGUGGGCCCCACUCUGACCAACAGCAACUUCAACCCCGAGGCCUACGCCUCCCACUUCUCCAUCCCCGAGUCCCACCUGUCCGGCUGCACCGAGGAGAUCGAGAGGCUCCGCCCCAAGUCCCCACCCGCCAAACUCAAGGGGGAGGGCCGCGGGGGCGGGGCGUCUCGAGGGGGGCGAGGCGGGCCUAACGCGGGCAGGGGGGGCGACCGUGGCAGGGAGAGGAACAGGCCCAACUUCCGAGGGGACAGAGGGGGCUUCAGAGGGAGGGGGGGGCCACACAGGGGGUUUCCACCCCGCUAGUGAGGGCAGAGUGUAAGGACCUUCACCAGAAGAAGCAUCCGUAUGUUGAGGAGGGAACAAUGAGGGGGGAUUUUUGCCAACAUUUGAAACAGUCUGUGAUGUGUGUUUUACAAUUAAAUACUUUGUUUUUGUA